GGGAGGACAGCCAGUCUUGACAAAUAUUAAGACAGGACAUGGCCGAUACCUUCCAUCCACUGAUGGCACCUGCUGCUUUCAGAAUUCUCCAUACUAUCUGGAGCCAAAUCUUCACCUGUGAGCUCAGAUGCCACACUGUCCCCAACAUGAACAUUUCCUCCUCCACGCCUUGCCCUUUCCCUCCUGACUUGUCCCCUUCUGCCAUUCAGGUGAGUGAUGUUUAUUUGAGCAUCUGCUAUAUGCAAACCCUACUUUUGAGUGCUGUGGGUCAUGCAGAAGUUGUUCUUAGAGCUUACCCUUCAAAAUCCACAGUCACUUUUCCCUUCCAGCCUUUCUUGGUUACCACAGCCCCUCCCAGAAGCUCCGGAUGCCUUUACUGUCACAGAUGGAACUGACCAGCUAUUUAGGUCACAAGUGCUGUUCUCCAGCAUUGUCUGAUGGGUUUCUGAGUGAAGCUUUCUCUGACUGCUUGAUAAAGUCUGAAAGUUGGAGCAACAUUCUCCGUGCCGAUCCCACAAUCCUCAGAAGCUUACAAAAGAAGAGACAGAGAAACAUUUAAUCCUCUUUUAUUUAAGUGGUUAAAGCAGAAGGAACUGACUCCAACUUCAGGAAGUAGCUGUGAGGACAGUGUGGCAGGAAAUGACAGAAAACCUGAAGACGGAACUGAAGCAGCAGCUCGGUUUCUCGCUCAGAAGUGGCAGCAACCAGACAGGGAGUGUGGUGUGGACGUGAGGAGCCUGGAGCUUAGAGAAGACACCCUCGCUAGUGAAGAUGUGGAAGUCCGUAGUGGGGCAUGAUGUAUCUGUUUCCGUGGAGACCCAGGGUGAUGACUGGGACACAGACCCUGACUUCGUGAAUGACAUCUCUGAGAAGGAGCAACGGUGGGGAGCCAAGACCAUCGAAGGCUCUGGACACGCUGAGCAUAUCAACAUCCACCAGCUGAGGAGCAAAGUGUCAGAGGAGCAUGACGUCCUCAAGAAGAAAGAGAUGGAAUCAGGGCCCAAAGCGUCCCAUGGCUAUGGAGGUCGGUUUGGAGUAGAAAGAGACCGAAUGGACAAGAGUGCGGUGGGCCAUGAGUAUGUGGCUGAGGUGGAGAAACACUCUUCUCAGACUGAUGCUGCCAAAGGCUUUGGGGGCAAAUACGGAGUUGAGAGGGACAGGGCAGACAAGUCAGCAGUUGGCUUUGAUUAUAAAGGAGAAGUGGAGAAACAUACAUCUCAGAAAGAUUACUCUCGUGGUUUUGGCGGCCGAUUCGGGGUGGAGAAGGAUAAACGGGACAAGGCAGCUCUGGGCUAUGACUACAAGGGAGAGACGGAGAAACAUGAGUCUCAGCGCGAUUAUGCCAAGGGCUUUGGUGGCCAGUAUGGGAUCCAGAAGGACCGAGUGGAUAAGAGUGCUGUAGGUUUCAACGAAAUGGAGGCCCCCACCACAGCUUAUAAGAAGACGACACCCAUAGAAGCUGCUUCCAGUGGUGCCCGUGGGCUGAAGGCAAAAUUUGAGUCCAUGGCUGAGGAGAAGAGAAAGCGGGAGGAAGAGGAGAAGGCACAGCAGAUGGCCAGGCAGCAGCAGGAGCGGAAGGCUGUGGUCCAGAUGAGUCGCGAGGCUCGACAGCCAGAGGUGCCCGUGGAGGAGCCAGCAGCACCACCAACCCCAUUACCCAAGAAAAUCUCUUCAGAGGCCUGGCCCCCAGCAGCGAGUCCUCCACAGUCAGAGCCUGAGCCUGCGAGAGCCAGCAGGGAGCGCCCAGCGCCUUCCCUCCCGGCAAGGCAGAAUCCCCCAGAGGACAACGAGGAGCCCCCAGCUCUGCCCCCUAGGACGCUAGAAGGCCUUGAGCUGGAGGAAGGGCCGGUGUAUGAGGCGGAGCCCGUGUACGAGGCGGAGCCCGUGUAUGAAGCGGAGCCUGUGGCCGAACCUGAGAACGACUAUGAGGAUGUUGAGGAGGCGCCCACGCACGAGCAGGACGAGGCAGAGGGGGACUACGAGGAUGUUCUUGAGCCUGAGGAUCCCCCUCAUCCCCCGACCCCAGCUGGAGCAUCAGGCUGCCCGGCUGGGGCUGGGGCUGCGGGGAUCUCAGCCAUAGCCCUGUACGAUUACCAAGGAGAGGGAAGUGACGAACUCUCCUUCUACCCGGAUGACAUCAUCACUGACAUUGAGAUGGUGGAUGAGGGCUGGUGGCGGGGUCGUUGCCACGGCUACUUUGGACUCUUCCCUGCAAACUAUGUCAAGCUCCUUUAGUGAUUGGCCCUUUCCGUCUCCUGCACAGUGCAGCUUCCCAUGUCCACUGUGGCUCUGCUCCAACCAUCCCCAUUCCUGCUGGAAGGGUCUAAUGGGAUGGCCCAGGUAGCCUAAGGGUCUGCACAGUCCCCUCUUCCACUUCAUUCAGAGCUUGGGGCAGAGACACUAGGAGGAAUGGGGUCUCCUGCACAUCAGCGUCCUCUCUACCCUGGAGGAGCUCAUAGACACUGCCUGUGGCACUGCCUCCUCCCCCAUGAUCGCCCCUCUAACAGCCUAAGUUCUGUUCUCCUCCACUGUGAGCUUGGGUUUUCCAGUUUGCUUAGCUGGAGUAGGUCUAGAGUGCCUGGUUGUGCUGUUUGCCCACUUUCCUUCCCUGCAGAGAUAUCUCUGGACCUCUGCUCAGUCCUAAAAUUGGAAAUAAAGUGGGACUAUGGUUCACCUCUA